AACAGUUGGUGGCGGUAUGUGCCUAUGGUGCGGAAUACGCCAAAAAUUCCAAAGAAGAAGAAGAAGGGAACGCAAUGCACCAUAGGAAGGCACCACAUAUGAUACGUAAUAAUUAGUUGGAUAGUGUGGUUUUAAAACGGGUUAUUGCAUUACAACGUACAUAACUGAAAUCUCUGUCAGACUAUCAAAUAUAUAUGAGGAGCUGAGCAAAAUACUUUUCUGACUCACUGUGAACACGUGAAUGUCACUCUGUAAACACGUGAACUGUGCUGCCCUUCACGAGCAACAAACAGCUGGAUUGGAGUAAUUUACUUGAUUUGCAGAGCUGUCAAUUCAGCCUCUGUUCUCAGACGAAACGUCUAUAAGACCAUUGUCACCAGCAGGGCAAGUGCUGUCACAGCUUGCAAGACAUACAGCCUUAACUCAGGAUGCACCCUGAUCUGUCGCCCCAUCUACAUACUGACGAGUGCAAUCAACUUAUAACACUUCUCAAACAGUGCCACAAGGAGCAUAACGUCCUCAAGUUCUUUGGCACAUGUAAUGAUGUGGACCGUGCAAUGCGGGACUGUCUCAAGAAAGAGUAUCAGGCAAAGAGGGAGCGCAGCAAGGCCCACGCAGAAGAAAUGAGACAGCGUUUAAAAGAACAACCAAAAGAGCAUCCCUAGUAUCAAACAUCGCCUCCCUUGGAGGACAAAACUACUCCAGACAUGAACUAGUUUCUGAUGUUAGGGCGCUUGGAUAAUUUAAAUCUGGAAUGCUUUUUUGUGAGGAUUAAUUUAUUUUGACCCUUGCCGUAAAUAAGGUAGUAGAGCAAGUUGAAGAUGAAACUUAAGUUUAUUUAAUAAUGUUUAAUUGCAGGCUGUGAGCUGUAUCCCAGAUGUGACCUGAUCUGGAGAGUGGGUUUGAAACUAAACAAUGUCAACAUUUUGAUUGUUUGAACUCCAAUUAAAAAAGUUCAAAAUUAACAUUGUCAUUAGCACAUUUAUUGGCAGCUUGUCUACAUUAAGAUAUUUUCAUUUAUCAAUUACUAAUACACGAAAGAGCCUACAUAUCCAGUCAGUUGAAUUUAAGAUAUUGUCAAUUAGAGAAAACCAAUAUACCAAAGAGGAUUCCAAUCAAAGUGCAUAAACAUCUCAAAAAGGGAUGUAAAUGUAACUAUUGCAAAUGCAAAUAUGGUUGCCAAUGUGAUUUUUCAUUUUUCUAAAUUAGUGCAUAUUUGGUAGAGAUUUAAAGGAAUAGUUCACCCAAAAAUGAAAAUUUGCUGAAAACGUACUCAUCCUCAGGCCAUCCAAGAUGUCAUUAAGUAAUUGAGUCACUGACUCGCAAAUGAAUCCUCUGCAGUGAAUGGGUCAGAAGGAGAGUAGAAACAG